AAAUAUAUUGCUUAAAGAAAAGACCCUAAAUUACCUUUAAAUUGCCUACCUUUUCCCCCAAGAAAUUUGUGUGUUUUUCUUUUUAGCUGCUAGUAGGGAAAAAGCUGGCAAAUAAAGAAAGUGGACUAAUGAAGUUGUUCCCAUGAGAGCUUAAUGAAGUCAAUGGACAAACAAUUCAAUUCUUUGGCAUUUUCUCAUCUGUGACUAUCUUCUAGGUAUACUAAUUAAGCUUCACCACUCAAAUAUUUGUUCAUGUUAUUCACACUGUUCUCCUAUUUUAUUCCUUCCAACAAAGUUGCAAUCUUUUUUUACUCUGUUAAAAAAAACCCUAAGUUCUUGAUUUCUUGUAAUUUAUUGAGGUAUUGAAGUACCCAAAGUUGCAAUCUUGAUUUGUUGUUGCUUGUUGAGGAAUUGAAGUACCCAAAGUUGCAAUCUUGAUUUAUUGUUACUUGUUGAGGAAUUUAAGUCCCAAAGUUGCAAUCUUGAUUUGUUAUCACUUGUUGAGUUUGUUGAGGAGUUGAAGUACGAAAAAUUCGAGCUUGUUGAACAAACUGUAGAAAUGGGUGGUUGUUUUAGCAAGAAAUAUACCCAACAAGAUGCUAAUCGGUAUGGAGCAGGACGAAGAAGCGGUAAUCAAGAAUAUCAAAAAUCACCACAACCCCGCUCAGAAAGGUCAUAUCAGCCACAGCCACAGCCAACAUAUCAGCCACAACCGCCGCCUGAAAGGCCAUACCAACAGCAGUCACAGACGAAGCCACAGCAACAGGCACAUCCUGUUCCUGUUACUGUGCCGCCUCCUGCACAGCCCCAAGACCAAAUUCAAGGACCCCAUUUGACAGACAUAUUGGGAAAGCCUUUUGAGGAUAUUAGAAAGCUCUAUACACUUGGGAAAGAAUUGGGUAGGGGUCAGUUUGGAGUGACUUACCAUUGUAUUGAGAAUUCUACCGGGAACGCUUAUGCUUGCAAGUCUAUACUUAAGAGGAAGCUUGUAAGUAAGAAUGAUAGGGAGGAUAUGAAGAGGGAAAUUCAGAUUAUGCAGCAUUUGAGUGGGCAGCCAAACAUUGUGGAAUUCAAGGGUGCUUACGAAGAUAGGCAUUCAGUGCAUCUUGUGAUGGAACUUUGUGCUGGAGGAGAGCUGUUUGACAGGAUAAUCGCCCGCGGAUAUUUCUCGGAGAAGGAUGCUGCUGAGAUUAUUAGACAGAUUGUAAAUGUUGUUAACAUUUGCCAUUUCAUGGGUGUUAUGCAUAGGGAUCUCAAGCCAGAGAAUUUCUUACUGUCUAGUAAGGAUGAAAAUGCUAUGCUGAAAGCAACUGAUUUUGGACUUUCCGUCUUCAUUGAAGAAGGGAAGGUGUACCGUGAUAUAGUUGGUAGUGCAUAUUAUGUUGCCCCUGAAGUAUUGCGGCGCAGUUAUGGGAAGGAAGCAGAUGUGUGGAGUGCAGGUGUUAUUUUGUAUAUUCUACUCAGUGGUGUACCUCCAUUUUGGGCUGAAACUGAAAAGGGAAUAUUUAAUGCCAUACUAAAAGGAGAAAUUGACUUCCAAAGUGAUCCAUGGCCGUCCAUAUCACAUAGUGUCAAGGACCUUAUUCGGAAAAUGCUAACGCAGGAACCAAAGAAGAGAAUUACUUCUGCCCAAGUUCUUGAACAUCCAUGGCUUCGACUUGGAGAAGCAUCAGACAAGCCAAUAGACAGUGCAGUCUUGUCCAGAAUGAAGCAGUUCAGAGCAAUGAACAAGCUCAAAAAACUUGCAUUGAAGGUCAUCGCGGAGAAUUUAUCUGAAGAAGAAAUCAAGGGUCUGAAAGCUAUGUUUGACAACAUUGAUACCGACAAUAGCGGCACAAUCACUUAUGAAGAGUUGAAGUCGGGAUUAGCUCGACUUGGAUCAAAGCUAACAGAGACUGAAGUCAAGCAACUCAUGGAAGCUGCUGAUGUGGAUGGAAACGGAACAAUCGACUACAUUGAGUUUAUUACCGCAACAAUGCAUAGACAUCGGCUUGAAAGGGAUGAACAUCUCUUUAAAGCUUUUCAGCAUUUUGACAAGGACAACAGUGGCUUCAUCACGAUGGACGAAUUGGAACACGCUAUGAAGGAAUAUGGUAUGGGUGAUGAGUCCACCAUCAAGGAAAUAAUCGCGGAGGUGGACACUGACAAUGACGGUAGGAUCAAUUACGAGGAGUUCUGUGCUAUGAUGAGAAGUGGAACAACACAACCACAACAAAAGCUUUUCUAGUUCAUUGAAGAACAUACUCUUAACGCUCACCAGUCAGCACGAUGCAGAUCACUUCAGAAAAUUGAGAUGAACGCACUUGGUAUUUCUUCGAUCUUUCAUCUUAGGAAAGCACUGGAGUACAAGAGUCGUGUAGGUUGAGUUCUCGCGGAGAAUGUGUGUAUAGCUAGCUAACGGUUUAUACUUCAAGGUUCCUGUAACGAUUGUCGCGUUGACCUGUCUAUAGUACAAUAAGAAAUCUGAAACCAACUUUUCGCUCGAAAAAGAUGUUAUUUUCAUCUUGAUGCUACUGAAGUAGACUUACGUCUAUGGGAGGCAUUAGAUGUUUUUUCAUGUCUAGCAAGUUAUAAUUUGAGGUUGGAUAUUUGAUCGCA